AGAGAGAGCGAGAGAGAGGACGCCAGGCGAGUCUUUCCGUGGAACAUGAAUCAUAGAUGGAGGUUCGGUGGUGUCACCCCUUCCAUGAUGAGAAACAAACCCACUUCCAGCAGGAAUUGAAGAAUUUGGAAACUAAAGUGUAGUAAGAACACAAAUCAAAUAGGAAAAAGAAAUCAUUUCAAGGCGAAUUCUUAAACUCAAUUUAGAUCAGAAAGGGGAAAACAAGAGUCAAGUGUCCAUAUUGCAAUUAUAUGAACAUAACACUACUGACAUGGAAGAGAAAGCAUAUAAAUGUAUUGAAUGUGGAAAGAGCUUUAAACAGCAAGGAAAUCUGAAGACACAUCAAAGGUCUCACACUGGGGAGAAACCCUAUAAAUGCCUGGAGUGUGGACAGAGCUUCACUCAUAGUGGAAAUCUACGUACACAUCAAAGGACUCACACUGGGGAGAAACCCUAUACAUGCCUGGAGUGUGGAAAGAGCUUCACUCAUAGUGGAAAUCUACAAUUACAUCAAAGAACUCACACUGGGGAGAAACCCUAUACAUGCCUGGAGUGUGGACAGAGCUUCACUCGGAGUGGAACUCUACAUUCACAUCAAAGAACUCACACUGGGGAGAAACCCUAUAAAUGCCUGGAGUGUGGACAGAGCUUCACUCGGAGUGGGCAUCUGCGUUCACAUCAAAGAACUCACACUGGGGAGAAACCCUAUACAUGCCUGGAGUGUGGAAAGAGCUUCACUGAGAGUGGAGACCUACGCUCACAUCAAAGGACUCAUACUGGGGAAAAGCGCUAUACAUGCUUGGAGUGUGGACAGACCUUCACUCAUAGUGGAAAUCUACAUUUACAUCGAAGAACUCACACUGGGGAGAAACCCUAUACAUGCUUGGAGUGUGGACAGAGCUUCACUCAGAAAGGACAUCUACGCUCACAUGAAAGGACUCACACUGGGGAGAAACCCUAUACAUGUCUGGAGUGCGGAAGGAGCUUCACUCAGCGUGGAGACCUACGCUCACAUCAAAGGACUCACACUGGGGAAAAACCCUAUACAUGCUUGGAGUGUGGACAGAGCUUCACUCAGAGUGGACAUCUACAUUUACAUCAUAGGACUCACACGGGGGAGAAACCAUAUACAUGCCUGGAGUGUGGAAAGAGCUUCGUUCAGAGUGGAGAGCUACUCUCACAUCAAAGAACUCACACUGGAGAAAAACCAUAUAAAUGCCUGGAGUGUGGACAGGGCUUCACUCAUAGUGGAAAUCUACAUUCACAUCAAAGAACACACACUGGGGAGAAACCCUAUACAUGCUUGGAAUGUGGACAGAGCUUCACUCGGAGUGAAAAUCUACGCUCACAUCAUAGGACUCACACUGGGGAGAAACCCUAUCCAUGCCUGGAGUGCGGAAAGAGUUUCACUCAGAGUGGAGACUUACGCGCACAUCAAAGGACUCACACUGGGGAAAAACCCUAUAAAUGCCUGGAGUGUGGACAGAGCUUCACUCAGAGUGGAAGUCUAAGAUCACAUCAAAAGACUCACAUGGGGGAGAAACCCUAUAAAUGCUCAGAGUGUGGACAGAGCUUCACUCAGAGGGCAAAUCUACGUUCACAUCAGAAGACUCACGCUGGGGAAGAACUCGAUACAUGCCUGGAAGGAAAUUGUUAAGUUUACAUUUACAAUGACACCAGAGUUUUGUUUCUUAAUAAUGCUGAGUGAUAAUCUAGGAAGAAAAUGUGUAACAUUAUUCAAAUAUAUGAUAACAUUAUGUAGAAAUUUUUUUGAAAAAAUAAUCUGUUCCUGGUUUGAACGUUUCAUUUCCUGUUUAAUUGUGCAGCUCUUAGUGUGACUGUAGUUCUUAUACUCCAGAAACAUUUUUUGUGGCCGCCACAAACUGUGUUGAAUUGGUUGAGAUUCCAUGAGAUCUUCAUUGAAAACUGUAGCAAAAUGUGCUGCAGGAUGUCCAGAUAAAAACCAUUUAAAAAGUUUUAUAGAGUUAAAUGUGUUAAAGGUAUUGUCGAAGGCUUUCAUGGUCAGAAUCACUGGGUUGUUGUAGGUUGUUCGGGCUAUAUGGCCAUGUUCUAGAAGCAUUCUCUCCUGACGUUUUGCCUGCAUCUAUCUCAGGUACCCUCAGAGGCCGUGAGGAUGCUUGCCAUAAAUGCAGGCGAAACGUCAGGAGAAAAAUGCUUCUAGAACAUGGCCAUAUAACCCGAACAACCUAAAACAACACAGUAAAAUGUUUUAUAUAGUGUAAUUGCAGCGAUAAUCCUUUAUCAUCAGAGAUGGAACAAAAUAGUUAUUCCAACUCGAGGAAACUGACAGAUAAAGAUCUGCAGACUGGCACGGAGGGAGGAAGUGACUCUGCCGAUUAAGGAGAAAUCCCUGAUCACUUUCAGGAAACACUGGAACCUUUUAAUUGCUUUUUCAUGGCAACACUAGGGUCUUGGGUCCAGUACAAGAUUGGAAUAGUGGAACAGUGAUACCAAAGGCAGGCGUGUGUUUGUAUAGAUUGUCUAAAUGGAGUGGAAUGAAAAGGUGUAAAGACCAUGGAGAGAGGUCUGUAGAACAUCUGCUUGUUGGUUUCAUAGUUUGUGUGUGUCUUUGGCUAUGUAGGUGUGUAUUUUGUUGGUGUGUUUGUUUCCUUUUUCGUUUUGUACUUUGUUGUAGUAGCUAGUUCGUUAACUGCCUAGUUUAACGUUAUGCAUUAUAAAAUUUCUGCUUCUUUUUGUGAUACUGCUUUUUCCCUUUAAAAAAUAAAAAGGUCAGAAAUUUAGAAAGUUUAAGAUGUCUGAGACGGGAGUGGCCGAUACACUUGGUCCUAGACCAUUACGGGGUUUGAGGCCUAAUUGACGGUGCCGCGCAGCUCUGGAGCGGCUUGUUGUCCUUCCGUGGCGAUUCUUACUCUUCUGCUUCGUGCCACGUCUACGCACGGUUUGGAUCAUCGUCUGUUGCUUCUCACAUUCGUGUUUAUUAUUUCAAUAAAUCUUUAAUCACCCUCUUUUGGAUAUGGUGAGUGAUGUUAUGUAUUAUCUGUCUUGUGUAUAAUGCGGCAUUGAAUUCUGCCAAGACGUGUGGAGUCCCCUCGGGGCGAGAUGGAGCCAGAUAGAAAUCAGGUAAAUAAAUAAAGAAAAAUAA